GAGGUCAGGAUGAGAGCCAGGUAUACGGUGGACGAGGCCGCCCACCCACUGGUUACUACGACUACAAUCAGAGAUCUGCCUGGGCGGGACCCAGGUAUAACGGUGAUGCAGGCAGUCGUGUUGACCACUACAUGGGUUCUGAUAUUCACCGAGGUUUCCACUAUCCUGACUACGGCCAGCCACAACCCCAACAGCAGCAGCAACAGCAACAGCAGCAGCAGCAGCAGCAGCAGCAGCAGCAGCUGCUACUACCACCUAUGCAGCAGCCACAGAUGAACAGCAAUCCCGUCUGGAUGGACAAACGAACUACGGCUUACAACCAAACCAGCUACAACUGCACCAGCAGAUGCAAGAUCUGCACCAGACAGUGUCAGUGAUGCAACAACAGCAGCAGCCACAGGCAAUUGGUCAGCAGCCUCUGGUGCCUUACCAACUACCUCCCACACUAGAGCAACUACAUAACGGGGCCAAUAUGCAAGCUAAUCUCCAAGGAACACAGAUGGAUAUGGCGGGUGUUGGCAGCGGGCGGAUAGCAGCCAACAAUGAAGUAGCAAGCAUGUUAGUCUCUAAAACCAGCCCCUCCACCUCCACCCUCAUCGUCACACCACCUUCAGUCGGGGUGACGCUUAACAACGGCAGCAACAGUAGCGUGGACGGGGAGGAGACUACAGCAAUGGGUACAUUGCAUACCCACACACCCGUGCACGAUGCCCAUACUCCUGUGCAUGCUGCCCAAACUCCCAUGCACACUGCCCACAACCCCAUCAAUGCUGUGGCACAUGCCUCCUUAGCACGCCUUGAGGUCAACCUGGAGGAGUUGGAGAUGGAAGCCAGGGAACAGGACGCUCAGGCAUCAGGGGCAGUACUGGCACUAGCCAUGGGAGUGUGCAUUACUGCACUCUUGGUGGUGCUGGUAGGGUGUCGCCUUCGUGGGGUACGACGUAGACUACGUCGACACAGAGGCACCCGCUCUCCCUACGCUCACGAUGCUGACUACCUCGUCAAUGGCAUGUACCUGUAGGCCAUCACACCACCUCAUCUGCAGAAGGCCGGCAUAUCCCCUCGCCUGCAGGAAGCUGACACACCCUCUCGCCUGCAGGAAGCCGGCACAUCUCCUCGCCUGCAGGAGGCUGGCACAUCCCCUUGCCUGCAAGAAGCCGGCACAUCCCCUCGCCUGCAGAAGGCCGGCACAUCCCUUCGCCUGCAGGAGGCCGGCACAUCCCCUCGCCUGCAGGAGGCUGGCACAUCCCCUCACCUGCAGUAGAGCCACACACACACACACACACACACACCAGCUUGUACAAGUCACCUGGGACAAGACACACCUGAGGACUUGGUAUAAACUUACUCUGCUUCCAGAAAGCAGUCUUAUAUCAGCCUUGUGGAGGGUAGAAUGUCAGCAACAACGAAAGAACAUUUACAGAAUAAAACGGUAUACAGUAUUUUUUAUUAAAACACAAAAUUAAAUACAAAAUCUUACGGGAAGAAAAAAAAGAUUGAUAGGGGAAAAAAAGCCUAUGAACAUAAAGCGUAUUAACUAACCUGAAGUGCCCUUAUUUGGGAACCAGUGGUAGGUGUGUCAUAAGUAUAUAAAAUUAUACACAUUGUAGGAGAUAUAAAGCUUCUACACGUAGUGCUGUAUGGCUCUUAUGGGUUUAGCAUUUAGUUAUGAUUAUAAUAAUAAAGCUUCUCCACAACACACGGAAGUCGCAAGAGAAACAGUAAUAAAUCCAAGUUAUGGUUUAUAGGCUGUUUUUACAGCCA